AUUACGAUACAAGAUGCACGGAUAGGCGCGCAUCGGAUGACUGUGGCAUGCUCAACUCUUCCACAAGCGCGUCUCAGAAACAGCAUCAUUCUGGCUGGUCCUUGAUCAAGCUCCCUCCUCGGCGGCAUCCAUGCUGCAGUCCUGUUCAUUCCAUCGAGCACGAGCAUGUUUCAAGGCGGCAGUGAGAGAGUCCAAGGAGUCCCCAGGCUGCGCGCCAUAUGCCGCACCGCCAGCGAGUGAAUGCUGGCGCCAGGCUGUCGAAACAAUGGCCCGGUGGCCUCUGGACGAUCCAGGACCAGUCAAAGGGCGGCUGCUGGACGGCUGCGUCACUCGACACAGGCUCUUGCGGAGGAACCGCUGGGGAAGCCCAAGUUUGCGUCGUGCUUCUCGCUGCUCAUGGCGGACUGCCCAGACGACGCACGACCAGCAGACUGACAGGUGGCAAUGGCCAGGGCGGCAUCAGAUGGCCGGGAUUCUCACGCGAUGCUGAGCAGCAAACAGCAAACGACUGGCCGGCGGCCCACGGCGCAAGAUGGACGAUGCGUCAUGGCUGGGCCCCGAUGCUGGGACGCUCUUGGAUGCCCUCUUGGGUCUCCGCGGACCAUGGCGCGAUGCGCUGUGCGAAGCAGAGACUUGGGCGCAGACGCAGCCAAAGACGUCGUCGAUGGUGGAUGGUGGAGGUUUCAGACACGAACAGGCGGUUGGCGCUCAUUGGGCGAGGCGAGAAACGAAACAGAACCUAUGCGUUAGGCGCCCACUGUAGCCGCCGAGCAGGCGCUGUGGAAGCAGGCAAUACGCUCCGCUGCCUAAGGCCACAGGCAGCCUGCUGCGGAGCAUGUACUCCGUAUUACAGCAUUGGGCGCUUAAGCACGAACAGAGCAUCGGCUGUGUCGAAUUGAUCAACUACACUAUCCAACUACAAC